AUGGCCAGAAAGAUGAUGAAUGAGGAUGGAGCCAACUCUAGAUGCCCUGAUUCAGAUGUUCGAACGGUUCAGUUUGAUCUCCAGCAACAGAUGUACCUUCCAACAUUGACUCAUACACAGAUGUACUACAGUCGUCAGCUUGCGUUUGUCAAUAUGGGAAUUCACUUGGAGGACGAAGGAAGGGGCAUCAUGUUUCUCUGGAAUGAAACUGUUGGGCAAAGAGGAUCCAACGAGAUCGCUUCUUGUCUUUACAAGUUUUUUACUUAUAGUGAAAUCGGGUACACUACACAUAAAAAAAAAUUAAUUUUGUGGUCCGAUAACUGUGGCGGACAAAACAAGAACCAAGCUGUACUAGCUAUGCUCCUCGUUUUAAUUGCAAAAGGUUUCUUUUCGGAAAUUACUCAUAAAUUCCCUGUGAAGGGUCAUACAUUUCUUGCUUGCGAUCGAGAUUUUGCGAUCAUUGAAAAAGCGAAAAAGUGUGCAAAGCCACUGAUUCCGAAAGAUCUUAUUGAGCUCAUUGCAAAUGCUGCCAAAAAAAAAACCAUUCUUGGUAGUGGAUACUAA